AUGGAGGCUGUAAACAACAUGACAGGGAUAAAGGCGCCUUCAAAAUGGCAACUUAACAAUUACUUAUAUGACAGAAGGCGCGAGAAGUUCGGAAGAGCUGCAAUUUACUUAGGUGAACUUGAAAAAUGGAUUUUCAAUCGAACAACUAUUCCCGAUGAUGAAAAUGAAGUUUUGGUGUUCAGCUAUCACGUUAUAGAAGCGGAAGAACCAAGUUUUCGUCUGGCAUUGUCAACUAAAAAUUACUCAACAUAG